AUGCCUCUGGUUAGGUUGCAGGUGAGAAAUGAGUUUGGUUUGGGCGUGCCUGAACUCUAUAGAGAUGUUAAUAGAGAAGACCCUAAAGCUGUUCUUGAUGGUGUUGCUGUUGCUGGACUUGUUGGGAUCUUGAGACAACUUGGUGAUCUUGCUGAUUUUGCAGCAGAGGUUUUUCAUGGUCUGCAAGAGCAAGUGAUGAUAACGGCUUCUAGGAGUCAUAGAUUGAUGAUUCGUGUUCAAAACAUUGAAGCUUCCCUACCUCCCUUGGAGAAAGCUGUAUUGGCACAAACAAGUCACAUACAUUUUGCCUACACAGCCGGUUGCGAAUGGCAUCCACGCAUUAAAACUGCUCGAAAUCAUUUCAUAUACAAUGACUUGCCUCCUUUUAUUAUGGAUUCAUAUGAAGAAUGUCGUGACCCACCACGAAUGCACUUGCUUGAUAAAUUCGAUACUGGUGGCCCAGGAUCUUGCUUCAGGAGAUAUUCAGAUCCAACCUUCUUCAAGAGAGUAUCUGCAGUUUCAGAAGAACGGUACUCUGAGAAGACCGAAAAGGCUAGGAAAUCCCGUAAAAGCAAGAAGAGACGGGCGUCACGGAGGAACAGCGAACUUUUGAGGGGCGAACAGAUGCAUGGAAAUAGUGGCAGAAUGCAAUUUAUUUCUCCCUCAAUCAAUGGCCGAAGUUCAUCACAAGCAGCGUGUACAAUAGACAUGACAAUGAAAUCGGAUUUGGAAGAUCGUUCAAAUUCUUUUGAUUCAAAAUCUGGUGCUGGCUACAUUGAAUGUGUUUUCCAUCCAAGCAAUUCUAUGCAACCCGAUGAACUGGAUUGCGAGGAACCAUCCUCUUCAAAGUUGACGCAGAAAACCGAGACUCUUAAGUCAGUAUCUCCUCCUAUGGAUGAUAACAUUUCACACGACUCAUUGGAAAAGCAAGUUGCAUCUUCUUCAUCUGGUGUUACUUGGGAUGAAAAGGAAGAGAUAUUGGAAUCCAAUAGUCAAGCCUGCGAGACGGAUAAAACUCCAGAGAGGCUUGUGGAAAAACAAAACUCAGAUAGGCAUGUUAAUGAGGCCGUUAGCGUCGCAAAUAUUAGUUACAAUGAUAUUCUAUUUAAUGAAGAAAGAAACCUGAAACCAGUCUUCAGAGAGAUUCAAACAAAUGAUAUUGAUAGUGAGCCUGAUAAUGAUAAUUUCAUGGAUGCUCUUAACUCAAUUGAAUCAGAAUCUGAAGUUGAUUUUGACUAUGAAACAAAACGAGAGGUGCAGCAAGUUGCCUCGCAAGUUACUUGUGAAAUGGUUGAAAAUGGUGGGACUCAAACUCCUUCUAAUUUAUUUGACAACGAUGUUCCUAACUCGCUACAAGAAAAUCCUUCUCUCAUGUCCGAGUCACAUGCUACUAAUUUGGGGUCAGCAACUACACCAAAUAUUCUCCUUAUUGAAAAGGUGACCAGAGACACUGUUUUCUCAAACAACGAAGCGAUCAAUGAUUUGCCUGACUCGCUGCAAGAAAUUCCUCAUCUCACAUCAGAACCACAUGCAUCUGAGUUGGACCCUGCGAGUCCAUCAGAUGAUCCUUGCCGCAAGGAAACGUUUGGGAAUUUUCCUGACACGCUACCAGAUAUUCCUCCUCUCACAUCAGAGCCACAUGAAUCUAAUUUGGGAUGUGUGAGUCCAUCAGAUGUUUCUGCCAGCAAACAAAUAUCCAAGAGUGAAGCUGAUUGUCAUUCGACUGAGAGUCACAUCUCUGAAAGGGAUCCUCAUAUACAUGAUAAUUUUGCUUUAGAUCACUUAGCAGGGACUCAUACGUCCAUUGAUUCUCCUAUUGUUAAUGAUACAGUGUCAGCGCCCAUCAGUACUGAUACAACAUUUUCUGGCUCAAAAUUACCAGAUGAAAAAGCCGGGAAGAUCAAUAACAUCUUCAAAUAUGAAGACACACAUAAAGAGUCUCUCAAUGAUAAUUCGGUUAGGUUCUGGACUAAUGGUGGAUUAUUAGGACUCGAGCCAUCAAAACCUCCUGAUUUUACCAUGUCAAGUCCAUUAAAUCAAGGGUCUUUGAGCACAGAAAAUGGUGAUUCAGUUGGCAGUUCAAUGCAAAAGAGCAAUGGUUCAACUUACAAAGACGGACAGGAAUCAUCAGAAAAGGUUACUCAACAGACUCUAACUGAUGAUCAGGCUUGUAUAUCUGAAAAUAUUUCCCGGGGUUCUCAGCAGAGUAAUGGUCACACUAAGAGGAACAUUUUGGCGGAAGGUAAUGUUAGUGCACCUGGAACUGUUCUCUUGGCAGCAGCUGACACAAAGGAUUGUGCUGAAACGGACCCGAGAAAUGGUGAAAACUCGUCACAGGUGUUUGGACUUGGUCAUAGAUUAUUAAUAAAAAGCUUCAACCGCAAAGUUUCGUUUGACGAAAAAUCUGGACCUUAUGGUUCUUUGAAAUCUGUUAUAUUGGAACAGAGUGAACAAAAUGGCAUUGUAAGACAGCCGCAUCCCGAGACAACCUUCAAAGAGAAAGUUAGUUUCAGAUACCCUAUAGAUUCACUCCCUCCUUCACCGCCACUCGAACAUAUGAAAAUAUCUUUCCAACCUCUCAGUGGACUUGAGACCUCCAAGCUAAAACUGCAAUUUCCCGAUGGAAGUAAUCAUCAUGAAAGUAUAACAGAUAUGUUUCCUUCGUUCCAAUUGGUACCAGAGUCCUCCAUUCCUAUGGAUGAUUCAGGCUCUCACUCCGACGGUGACGACACGUUCUGUAGAUCAUCUCCUUGUGCAUCAUAUGAUUGUCACACCCCUCGCUCGGACUAUGACUCUGAUCAGUGGGAGUCCGAUGAAACUCCCGAAAGCAGUGACCAUGGCAUACACGAUUCUCCUCACAGAAGCUCAUCAUCUGAAUCUAUCUUAAGUACCAAAGAACAUGGCAGAAUGUCCAAUAACGACACUGACGUAAAAGACGAUCAUACGAAUUGUGUAGAAUCUUCCUUAUCCGGGCCUUUACUCGAUUUUCCAUGUUUCGACAAUGUGAAUCCCGUACUUGAGAAAGAAAGCAAUCGGCAUCACGAACACAGUAAUGAUGUUACGUCGCAUAAUUAUGCUGAGCCUACUCGACCACCACCACCUCCUCCUCCGGUUCCUCCAACACAAUGGAGAGUCACAAAACUGCAGUUGGACAAGUCAAAUGAGAUACAAAAUUCUAUAUCCCAUGAUGCUGAACGAAUCAAAGAUCAAAGUCUUCCAGAAUCUCCUAUCUUGGAACAACCUAGGCAUACCGAGGUUGAGCAAAUACAACAUAAUCAAGACAGUCACGAGUCUUAUGAUACUGUUAUACAUCAAUUGAAGGAAAAGCUGGGUCCGCCGAAGUUGAAUAGUCAGAAAGAAGUAAAUCAGUUGAGAAUGGGACAUGAGACAGAUGAAAGAGAAGAUUUCCUUUAUCAAAUCAGAACCAAAUCCUUCAACCUGAGGCCUACAGUAACAGGAAAAUCGAAUACUUCAACGGCCCCCACUGCGAACGUCCAAGUUACAGCAAUUUUGGAGAAAGCAAAUGCAAUCCGUCAGGUUGUCGCGAGUGAUGAAGGCGAAGACGACGAUGAUACCUGGAGUGAUACAUGA